AUGACAAAGUUAGAAGCACUUUUAGAGGCUGGUGUUCAUUUUGGUCACCAAGUAGGGCGUUGGAAUUCAAAAAUGGCACCGUAUAUCCAUGAAACAAAAAAUGGUGUACAUAUUCUUGAUCUUGUACAAACACUUGAUGAUUUAGAAAAAGCCCGUCCUGUUUUAAAGCGUGCCAAAAAUGUUUUAUUCGUAGGAACACGUCCACAAAUUGCUCCAAUUAUUGAAACUACAGCUCAAAAAGUAAAUGGGCAUUAUGUAAGUACACGUUGGGUUGGUGGUCUUCUUACAAAUUGGAAAACAAUGUCAAUGUGUCUUCAAAAAUUAAAUCGUUUAGAUAAGCAGUUAAGUGAAGAUGGUAAGGCAUCUGGUCUUUCAAAAAAAGCUAUUCUUCAACUUAAAAAACAACGUGCACGCCUUGAGAAAUUCUUUGGUGGAUUACGUGGCUUAUCUGAAUUACCUGAUCUUGUAGUUAUUGUAGGGCAACCACACGAAAAAAAUGCUGUAAAUGAAUGCCAGCGUUUAGGGAUUCCAACAAUUACAUUACUUGAUUCAAACUGUGAUCCAACGAUGUCAACAUAUGGGAUUACCGCGAAUGAUGAUUCAACACGUUCUGUAGAAAUUAUUCUUGAAUCAUUAAUUGCAAAUUAA